GGGAGGCCAAUUUGAGGAUUUACGGUAUCUGAAAAGGCGUCCGAGAAAGUUGAUUACGACUUUUUCUAUGAAACUAAAAAUAUCUUAAUCUUUGGUUCCUUUCUUGCGGCAGUGACAGCUUCUUGGGUAGCUCUUACUUGUCUGAUCAGAAGCAGUUUUUAGGGUUAGCCAAGUUAAUUUGAGACAAAAAUUUUGGAGCUCGACAAGCACAAUUCCUUGUCCCUGCCUUGACCUACUUCUCUUCGCAAAUAUAUAAAGGAUCAAAUUGAUAGUUUGGAAGUGGGGGGCAAGACAUGCAAAAGACCAAAGGCAAGUUUGCUUCCGUACCGUUUUAAGUACAUUUUUUAUAUUUUCUGAGUGCUUCAGUUCACAGCCUCGUGCUUUUGUGGUCCAUAUAAGUUUGACUAUAGUCUCCUCAGGACGUAUACCCAAAAAUUAUUUGUGCCCAUAGCCGCCUAAUGUAGACUCUGGCUAUAGUCGCACCAAAUGUUGCUUGAAAAUUUGUGAUUGUAAACGGAGUGUCUCUGUAAGCGGAGCUAAAUUGAAUAGUUUUGCAUAUUUGUGUGGGUCAACAAUUUUGUGACUGAAGUAGGUUGUGUGACUUUAAGCGAAGUGACUGUAAGCGGAAUCAGUUGUAUAAUAGCAGUCAUAGCCAAGUGUAUACCCGGCUACAAGACAAUGGACUUUCUAUUAAUGUUGACAAAACACAUUUUGUGCUUAUAAUUUCGAAAUAUGUUGGCGAUAAUUAUUUAGCGAGGCUGGCUGUUUUCAUAAAGGGGUUCCUCUGGGUGACUGCCACUGUUCAGUCCUUUCACCGGCCAUUAAUCUGUAUGUUUGUAACAGUUCUGGCUGCUUUUACAAGGUUUCAUAGUGUUCCUCUCCCAAAUCCAAAAACUUUCUACCAGAGUUUUUGACGUCAAAGGCCUCGCUUUCAUCGACAUCUCUCGUUUCCAAUCAUUGCGCGUUUCCAUAGCAAAAGGCUUAGAAAAAUGGCGGAUACCAAGCAAUCUUGAAUUUUCAAGCCUGCCAACUUUGGCACCGUAAAAUGCAUAUUUUUGCCAUGCUUUCUGGCCUAAAUUUAUUAUAUAGACGUGUGGAUUCGUCUUUAUGUUUGAACUAGUGGAUCGAUUAAAUGAUUAUUUUUACCGAGAAUGUGAAAUCAGGCGCGCCUAGGCCCAAAUGAUCAACUAACUAAAAAGUAGCACUUGUAAACAUAUUUGGUGCGUUACAAACAGUUAUGUUCAGCGAGAAAGAGUUACGAGAUAUUGCCAAAGCUGCCGGUUAUGCUGGUUAUGAAGAAGUGCAAGACAUAGCAACAUUGUCUAAAAAGGAAAGAUGGGAAAUUAUAUCAAAAGGUGAAGACACAACAAAAAGAACAGCUGCAGCUGCUGUAGAAAUUCAAAGAAUUUGGAAGGGGUACAAAACAAGGUCAGCUGUUUUUGGUAUUACCCAUUCCCGUGCAAGUGCAAAGUCAACUUUGGGAGAUAGUAGUGAUUGCCAAAUCAGCCAGCUGUCUUCAAAAACAACUAUUCAAUCUCAAAGUGCUGUUCUUUCACAAAAGAGUUCAUCAAGACUGAAUUCGAGCUACAGUAUUCACAAGGGUGCUGCUCUCUCAAACAGCAAUAUUCCAUUGCCGUUCAAAGAAUUUUGUGCAACUGUUAUUCAAAAAUGGUGGAGAGAUAAAUUGAAGAAAAAAGGAAGGGAACAACUUUUGUCAGUUGAAAAGAAACAAGAGGAUUCUAGUCGGCAGUCGUCAUUUGAUGAAAAUUUCGUCCGAAAUUCGAGUGUGAGAAUUGAAUAUGGGAAAAGCUCUUCUGAAGCAAAAUUAACUGAAGAUGCCGCUGUAUCAAUCAUACAAAGAGGGUGGAGAAGACACGUGGACAUGCAGGUCUACAGAUAUUACAAAGAUCUCAUCAGCUUUAAGUCCAUCGGAGAUCCAAGAAUAAUGCUCAAAUGUAUAAAUCCACGAGAGAGUGACCUUCUCGAUUCUGCUGCUGGAGGCCAUGUGCGAUUCAGACUAGGCGGUGAAAAUUUUCCUCCCAACAUUUAUUACAAGAUAUUCACAAAUCGAAGUAUCGCUGAUAUUGGUGCAUUUGCUCCGAGAGAUUAUACCAAAAGCCAGCUCAAAAAGCUCCCAAUGAAGUACGUUCACAACAAAUCAGACUUGGUCAAGGACAAUAGCAACGUUGAUGAGGGUGACUGGUACCAAAGGUGGGAGAAUAAUGGUUGGAGAUUAGUAUCGGACAAAAUGAUCAAGCAUUUAUACCAAGAUCCUAUAACUUUUUCAACUUCACACAAGAAAACCAAAUUUCAUCAUUCAAAGCUUAUACGAAAAGAAGAUGUUGAAAGGAAAAGAAAGCAGAAAAAAAUCGAAUGGAUGAGAAAAAUGUAUCGAGACGGUGCAGCGAAGGAGGGAGAUAGCAACGUCAAAUCACUAGUGGAAUCUACAGCGAAAGGAAUCAUUCAUGCAUCAGAAGGAGGCUUUGAUUUGUCCAUUGAGGACUGGGAGGUCGAUGAGCUUUUAGAAUGGACCAAUGGAUUGAACUUCGAUCAGUAUCACUUUGAUUGGAAAGAAGUUGGAACGACUAUGUCAUCAAAUUUGCCAGAGACAAGUAAAGCCUUCGAUAUAAUGCAGUGAAGACAUAAAUGGAGUAUAAGGAAAACCAGAGAAUGCACGAGGUGCGUCAAAAGCCUGUCGUAGACUCUAGGCCUGAGAGCAAUUUAACAGGGAUAAUGAAACAUUAAGACUCCUUCAACCAGUAUAAAAAGUCUACAUGUUAUCCAAAAUUAAAUAGAAGAGAAUUGUUACACUGCUCGAACGUGGUACAUUUUGUACUUCCAAAAUUUAUAUUUUCCGAAUUGUUCAUGUGAAAUUUCUUCCCUAGUCGAUGAUAGCUCUGCUUUUACCCAUGGUCAUUCCAGCUUGUGAUGCACCUUUGUUGGUUCCCAUUUGUAACCCAAUUAUUCCCUGGCCUGCUUUCAGCUGCUCUUCUGACCACUCUCGCUUUUCCCCUUCUGCUUGUUUUGGUCCAAGUGUUGGUCCAUCAAAUCCUUUUAUUUGUGCCUGGAAAUAAAUUAUCAAAGUUUUGAAAAAAUGUAAGUUUUUUUUAGAUUCAAUUAUUUACUGCUGUUUUUUAUUUUAGAAAUAUAUUAAGUGCUAGCUGGUAUGACAAUAAGGCGAGGCAUAUACUUGCUACCAAAAUCUAAAUAUUCCUUUCCAUGAGAAAAUAAGUCUAUUGCGCACUUGGUGUAGUUGAGAAGAAUUUUUUCCAGUCAGUGAUUUUCUGACCAAAGUUCUGGUUUUUACCAAAAGAGUUGUAAUCAGUCAAAUCUAUUUUCUCGAGGUCAUUCUAAGUAUUUCAACGAACAAUUUGAUGGGAAACUUCAAAACUUCUUUUGUCAUUAUUUGGUUAAUGGCCUCUAAUUCCAAGGCGGUAUUUCUUCUUUAAACUGUUCAAUCACGUUGUUUGAAAGAAGGAUUAUAUCUUUGUCAGUUCAGACGGAUUUUGCAACCUAAACAUCAAUCAUGUCGUCUUAGACAAGUCAUAAAACAACACACCCAUAAGACUAAUCAUUCUUUCAAAAGACCAACCAAACAGGCUCUUAAGAUAAGACUUAACAGCACUGAUCGGUGCUGAGUUAACAGACUUAACAGCUCACUUACCAUUCUCCCUAAAGCCACUAUCCCUUUGAUUACUGCAUCCAUGUUUUGGUUCUCAAAUAAGUCAACAGACUGAAACAGAUCUGCCUUUUUCACUCCAUAUUUUUCACAUCCUUGCAGGAAUUUUCCAGUGUUUUCCAUCUGUAAGACAACAUCAUUCAUCAAUAAAUUAGUAGCGUUUGUGUAGCAAUCUGUAUAUUAAACCGUCAGGAAUUCCACAGAAAUAAACGUAGUGGGGACUAGGGAGGGGUGCUGUUGGGAAAAUGCCCCUAAAAUCUUUUAUAGAAAUGUAAAAAUAUCUUACUAGAAACUGGUGCCCAAACAUUUCUUUUCAUGAAAUUACCCCCUCGAUGAUAAUAAGGUUCUGGAAACAUUUAAAGGUGCCCGUUAAGUAAAACUCCCAAAACCCCUUGCCCAUGUUAAGAGUACACCAUUUGGCGAACCUAGUUUACCCUUGAAAUCAAUAUUUGUGAUUGUUGAUAUGCCUCGUUGGAAUCACCAAUCAAACGUUGAUCAGUAUUUGAAAAUGAUAUAUUUUCUGAUAUUUAGGAGUUUGAACAAUAACUGUAUUGCAAAUCUUACCAGAAUCAUUGGUUGGGUGCCAGUAUUAAUCUUUUUGACGCUUCCUGGUUGGAGUACGUUGAUAAGUCUAGACGCAAGAAGAUUUUAUUUUCGUUUGAAAUAAUAUUAUACUACUGUAAAGCUUAUUCCAGGUAUGGUGAUAUAAUUAAAUAAAUCAAA